AUGUUGUGUAGGGGGGUGUUGGGUGAGGAGAUUGGGGAGACUAGGGAAAAGGAGGAGGAGCAGGAGAAGGAGGGUAGGGAUGAGGAGGAGGAGGAGGAUGAGGAUGCAGGGGAUGAAGAGAAUAUAGAGAAACUCUGGAGACGGAGGAGACGGCGGAGACAGCAGAGAUGGAAAGUUGAGAAAAUGAGGGAGAUCAAGGAUGAGUAG